AUGGCCUUUGUUCUUCGUCUUUUCUUCUUGUUACUUGUAUUCUGUUUGAGUGCCUCAGGGGUACUAACAGUAGGUCUAGUCGAUGGUGUAUGUGCACAAACUAGUAAUCCUUCUUUUUGUCGGGCUGCUUUGCUGUCUGAAUCUGCCACAGCAGAUCUUACCGGACUAGGAUACGUCGCGAUUGACGUAGCGACUGCAAACACCAGAGCCGCCAUUACCAAGAUCAAUGGGCUAAAGGGGCAAACCAAAGAUGUUGAGUUCCAGAAUCGUCUCGAUUCUUGUUUUGGAGAAUAUACCAGAGUGAUUGACAGAUAUUGUACUGAUGCAAGGAGAUCCUUGGCUUACCGUGAUUAUGCAGGCAUGUAUGUUGCUGGAGAUUUAUUAACGAUUGAUGCCUUUGAGUGUGAUCGCUUGUUCUCAAUCGCGCCGUCUUACACAUGCCCAAUCACAUUCGAGGAUAAAAAAACAGCACUCCUUGGGGGUAUAAUUAGGACUAUUGCUCAUAUUCUUGAUAAAUGA